UUCUUUGAGAAGUUUCAAAUUAACUUCCACGAUGUUUCCUUAGGAAUUUUUCGCUUCUCUAUUUCACCUCCCUUCGUCUUCUGUUCGGCUCUGGCUUUCGCUUGGACGUAUUACUCGGCCUGUCCCUCCAUGGCUACGCAGCAGCAGCAGCAGCAGCAGCUAUCUGCAAUUAAAGGGGCGAAAGUGCUUAUGGUGGGAGCCGGUGGGAUUGGAUGUGAGUUGCUGAAGACGCUUGCUCUUUCUGGAUUUGAAGACAUUCAUAUCAUUGACAUGGACACCAUUGAAGUCAGUAAUCUGAAUAGGCAGUUUUUAUUCCGCCAAUCACAUGUUGGGCAGUCCAAGGCUAAGGUUGCCCGAGAUGCAGUCCUAAGGUUUAGGCCUCACAUUAAUAUAACACCGUACCAUGCAAAUGUCAAAGAUCCUGAGUUCGAUGUUGACUUCUUCAAACAAUUUGACGUCGUGCUGAACGGGCUGGACAAUUUGGAUGCAAGGCGCCAUGUCAAUCGUCUCUGUCUUGCAGCUGAUGUUCCCUUGGUAGAAAGUGGGACAACUGGCUUCUUAGGACAGGUGACGGUUCAUGUGAAGGGAAAAACCGAGUGCUAUGAGUGCCAACCAAAACCUGCACCAAAAACAUACCCUGUUUGUACGAUAACCAGCACUCCGACUAAGUUUGUACAUUGUAUUGUGUGGGCAAAAGACCUGCUCUUUGCUAAGCUGUUUGGAGACAAGAAUCAGGAGAAUGAUCUCAAUGUGCGAUCCAACAACUCUUCAAGCCCGUCCAACGAAAUAGACGAUGUGUUCGAACGUGCAAAAGAUGAAGAUAUUGAGCAGUACGGCAGAAAGAUAUUUGAUCAUGUAUUUGGUUACAACAUCGAAGUGGCUUUGUCCAAUGAAGAGACGUGGAAGAAUCGUAAUCGACCAAGGCCCAUAUACAGUAAGGAUGCCUUGCCUGGAAGCCCUACUCAACAAAAUGGAAAUUCACAAAACUGUUCUGUAACUGAUGGAAGUUCAACAACCUCUGCCAUGGUGUCACUUGGCCUUAAGAAUCCACAGGAUGUGUGGGGUCUUACAGAAAAUUCUCGGGUUUUUCUCGAAGCAUUGAAACUGUUUCUUGUCAAGAGAGGAAAGGAGAUGGGGAGCCUCAGUUUUGACAAAGAUGAUCAGUUAGCUGUGGAGUUUGUCACGUCUGCAGCGAAUAUCCGAGCUGCUUCCUUUGGAAUUCCUUUGCACAGUCUUUUUGAAGCCAAAGGUAUUGCUGGCAAUAUUGUGCAUGCUGUUGCAACUACAAACGCUAUUAUAGCAGGCUUAAUUGUCAUUGAAGCUAUCAAAGUGCUUGGAAAGAAUGUGGAGAAGUACAGAAUGACGUAUUGCUUAGAACACCCGAGCAAAAAGAUGCUGCUGAUGCCAGUUGAACCCUUUGAACCUAAUCCGUCUUGCUAUGUCUGUUCCAAGACGCCUUUGACACUUGAGAUCAAUACCCAGAAGUCGAAAUUACGGGAUCUGGUUGAGAAAAUCGUCAGAGCCAAAAUUGGAAUGAACCUUCCAUUGAUUAUGCAUGGGACAUCCCUUCUUUACGAAGUUGGUGAUGAUCUUGAUGAAGCCAUGGUGGCAAACUAUAAUGCCAAUCUCGAGAAGGUUUUGUCGGAACUCCCUUCUCCCAUUGUCAGUGGUAGCAUUCUCACUGUGGAAGAUCUUCAGCAAGAGCUUUCUUGCAAGAUCAAUGUCAAGCACAGGGAAGAAUUUGACGAAGAGAAAGAACCGGAAGGAAUGGUUCUGUACGGAUGGUCAGAGUCUCCAGCUGCCAAUGGUGAAAGUUCAUCAACCUCUACCGCACGGCCUCCAGAUUCUGAAAACGCAAUUGAGGCUCCAGAAUCUUCGUCAAGACCAGAAAUUGCAACUGGUAAGAAAAGAAAGCUCACAGAGGAAACCGAGAUGGAGACCAAUAACCAGAAGAAACCACCAGAAAACAACACAAGCUUUAGCAUGGAAAAGGGAAUCGACAUUGAUGACGAAGACAUUGUCGUGGUGGAGGAUCCAGACAUAGUUGUUAGCAAGAAGAAGAGGGCUCAAUAGAUGAAAAGAAGUCCUCCGAGUCUAACAUUGUAGUUUGGUCAUGAGGAUGACAGCGCGUCUGAAAAAAAAAAAGUAUGAAUUAGGAUUCUUUUUUGGGGAACUUUCAGUUGGUUUAUAAUGUUAGGACAGGAACACCACAGAGGUUGUAUAACGUUUUCACUAACUGUAAGCUUCACAUAUCCGUUGUUAAACCGGACUGGAAAUUUUCGGUUUGCUUA